CACUUUAUUGCCUUUAAAAUUUAGUCUCGAGAAUCUACUGGGGUCAAAUGAAGGUCAAAUCAUAGCAGACCAGUAAACACUUGCAUUAAUGCUUGGUGAUAAAGGUGGUUUGUUUGCUAUAUUUAGUCAUCUUCAAUCCAUUUGACAGCUGACCUCCUCCCACCCCUCCGGAAAAGACAAUGACCUGCACUCCUAAAUCCAAUGUUUACCCGGAGUUCUACAAACGCCAGGACUCCCAUGACUGCUCUGACAGCGGCUACUCAGGCUUUUUCCAGAGCCCCCAGAGCAUCAGCGGAGUCCACUGCUGUCCGCCGUCUCCAGCAGAGUUGAGUGAAACUCCCAAAGAGAACCUGAGGCUCCCCGACACUCCUAAAGAGAGGCCUGGAAAACCGGAGGAGUGCUCAGAGCGAGGCUCCGGGGAGACGCUGCGGCCCUCUGCUGGGAGCUGGUGUGAAACCCCCAGAUCUUACAAAAGAGACUUCUCUUUGCGACACAGACUUCUCAUGUGCAAACCCACCAAGGAGAAAAAUGAGAGCGCCAGAUCGCCGGCCUCCGGGAGGACUGGAGUCAGGUCUGAGAAGUUGCUCAGCUCGUCCUUUGACUCUUUAGAAAUCGCCAGCGGCGGUUCAUGGAGGACUUCAACACUGGAGCAGGACCUCCCUCUUUCAGGCAGAAAGCGCCGUCUGCUUUUCUCGCAGGCGAGGACAUCCACUCUCAAAGAUGGGAAACUCCCCGCCGGUCAACUCCCCACGUUUGACAGAGGUUCCUCCUUGAUCGAGGAAGGUUUAAGUGGGAGCCUUUCUGCUUCAGAUCAAAGUCAAACAGACACUCCGGGCUUUUGUGAAGCGCUGCUUGCUUUAGGUAGAGAACAUUUUCAGUCUCCAGCAAACAGAGAGCCGAGCAUCCUGUGUGACAGCUCAGGACUUUUGCCCACACCGUCAUUUUUACAAACACCCAAAUACUCCAGGUCUGCAUGUGAAGACAGUGGGUUUGGCUCCCUCACACUUGAUAAAUCCCAGGAGUCCUUGGUUGACCACGAUGGCUCCUUCCAGGAGCUGCUGCUCUCUGCUUCUAGAAGAAACCGGGAGACCCCGAACCCUACAGAUGCACGUCAGCGCUCUCGUUUACCCCGUCAGCAUAGGCUUUCUACUCUGAAAGAAGGUGGCUCUCAGUCAGAAGAAGAACUGCUGGACAGAAAGCACCGGCCCUGCUUUAGGUGCCUCAGCCACUGCCAUGAAGAUGAGGUUUUUGCUGAAGAUGCCACCCCUUCUAGUGUCUCCUCUGCAUUAUGUAAAUGUUUAAAUACUCAAAGCUCUGCUCAACGUGACCACGCCCUGAAAGCCAAUGCAGCUAAGUCAGAAAGUACGACCCCCUGUAAUUCCUCCACGACCUCUCUCAGCGCGACCCCGCAGAACCUGUCUUUGACUCCGGCCCUGCAGCUCGUUCACAGCAUGUGCCAGCAGAGGCUGCAGAUGUCUGCAGGUCAAAGCCCGAGCCUGAAGGAGGAGCUGAAGUUCACUGCAGCACUGGUCAGGACGCCGCUGACGUUCAGGACCACCAUGCCUCUGGCGGGGCUCAUUGGCAGGAAGAUGGGCCUGGGGAAGGUGGACAUCCUCACAGAACUGAAGAAGAGGAACCUGAGCCACAUCCUCGCUCUGAUAUUUGCCGAGCUGGACCCUGAAAGCGUUCACAGCAUGGGUCAAGUGUGCAAAAGCUGGAAUGAGAUCAUCCAGUGGGACAAGCAGGCGAGCAUCAAGAGAAGAAACUACAGGAGUGAACUGGAGACUUCUUUGGAGCUUGGCGCUGUCCAUAACUCUGAUGCUGAGACCAGAACUGCUCUGCUAAAGAGGUCCGCCUUAAAGACUCUCCAGGCCCAGUCCAGAACUUCAAGUUUCUGCACCCCACAGUUGGCUAACAUCACUUUAACUCCAUUGGAGCACAGCGGCCCUCAAUCAUCCGGCGGCAGCAAACAAGAGAAGUACAUGGAGAUUGCCAAGACCUUGUUUCAUGACGAGUGCCUCAGACCUUGUCCCAGAUGCCAGCAUCCUGCUCGGUGUCACGCUGUGAAAAGAGAAGGCGUGUGCAGCAGAGCGGACUGUUCCUUCCAGUUCUGCACAUCCUGCUUGUGCACGUUUCAUGGAUCCAGAGAAUGUGGCAGUCAGAGCGUGGGCCGUCGCAAAAAGGACACCAUUGUUCCAGGAAGCGCCCAAAGCAAGCGAAAUGUUAAGAGACUCUAGGGAGGGGUCCUUUUUUCUCUUUUUUCUUUUUUCUAACCCUCCUAAUGCAAGCCACUUUUUUUGUCUUUUAAUUGAUGAGUCAUGGGCAGUCGGGCUCUGUUUGUGCCGUUUAGCAUGUGCUUGUACCUGUAUGUAAAGUUUAAAUAUGUAUUUUUUUUUCCUCUUCGAUCCCAUGUGCUUUUAAUGAAUGAAUGUCAUCCUCUAAAUUGGUGGUUAAAUAUGCUGUUAUUGUGUUUCCAUACACACUGUAUAAAGUAUAUUUUUGACGUUCCUUAUUGGUUUUUAUCAUCGUCUUCAGAUAAUUCUUUUUUAAAUAAAUGUACAUUUUUUAUA